AUUAAAAAAAUAUCUCACGAUUCUCCUCUCUCUCUCUCUCUGUACAAAAUGGAACCCAACGAGAGCCAGCACCACCUCAGCUCCUACUUCGCCACCACCACAACCACCCCUUCGCCGACCAAUGGCCUUAUGCCGCCACAUCCCAAUUCCACUUCCGAUAGUGGAGGCGGGCCUCAUAUGCUCUAUCCUCAUUCCGUGGGUCCAUCCUCGGCCGCUGUCGCCACUGCACCAGUGGAGCCCCCCAGGAGGAAGCGAGGUAGGCCGAGGAAGUACGGAACGCCAGAGCAAGCACUGGCAGCAAAGAAAACGGCGUCUUCUUCGAAUUCUGUUCCUAAGGAGAAAAGAGAAGGCGCUACUUCGUAUUCGGGUUCCUCGAGGAAGUCUCAACAGUUGUUUGCUCUUGGCAACGCAGGGCAAGGUUUUAUUCCACAUGUUAUAACUGUGGCGGCAGGCGAGGAUGUAGCUCAGAAACUUAUGAUGUUCAUGCAACAAAGUAAGCGUGAGAUGUGCAUUUUGUCUGCAUCUGGUUCCAUCUCAAAUGCAUCCCUCCGGCAGCCAGCAACUUCAGGAGGCAACAUUACAUAUGAGGGUCGGUUUGAGAUCAUUUCAAUUUCUGGAUCAUAUGUGCGCACUGAUAUUGGAGGGAGAACUGGUGGUCUCAGUGUAUGCCUAUCUAAUACAGAUGGCCAACUCAUUGGAGGAGGUGUUGGUGGACCUCUAACAGCUGGUGGCCCUGUUCAGGUCAUUGUUGGUACAUUUCUGCUUGACAACAAGAAGGAUGCUAGCGGUGGUGUGAAAGUUGAUGCGUCUACCAACAAGUUGCCUUCUCCAGUUGGAGGGGCAUCGAUUUCAAAUAUUGGAUUCCUUUCUCCAGUUGAAUCAUCUGGGAGGAAUCCAGUCACGGGAAAUGAUGAUCAUGCGAAUAUUGGAGGAAAUCCUUUCAUGAUUCAUCCUCGAGGCAUGCAUGUGGCACCUUCAAGGACCCCAGAUUGGCUGAGUGGUCCAGAUCCUAGAGUAAAUGCCGGUUUUGAACUGACAGGAAGAGUAGGUCAUGGAGCAUACCAAUCUCCGGAAAAUGGGGACUAUGAACAACUUCCGGACUAAAUAUCAGUUUUGAGCUUCAAAUCACCGUUUCUCUCUCUUAAAGAGCAAGGUAAUUUGACAAGAGAAAUACAUGUACAACUUUUUUUCAUCUCCUUGGGAAUGUAACAUGGGUAUAUCUGUACAGGUCACUUGCAGUUUUUAACUCUGUUAACUUGUGUUUUCUUAAAUUAUCCUCUAAAUCAGAAAUGUUGGCCUUAAUAAUCUCUUGGUCAGUGCAUGUACCAUUGAAAUAUUUGCUACUCUCCAGUCUCCACAUUUCAAGAUUUUGUUAUGCAUCCUGAAGUCAUUGGCUGAUUCAUGUUUUAUAGAUUGAAUUGAAUUUUAA